AUGGAGUUCUUUGCUGAUGCUGACGACCUAGAACCUAUUCAAUCAGUCUUGGCUUGGAAUCAAGUCGACGGGAUCCUUCGCUACAUUUAUUCCCUAGAAUCUGUGGUUAACACUCGUAGUGAAGAUGUUAGCGCCAAUAUCCAAAAUUUUGGUGUCUUCAGCAUCCAACCGAAUUGCCUGGUGGACUCGGUUCAAGAAUCUAGCUUUACAAAUUCUUCCACCGUCAAGCCAGUCAGGCGAACGGGUGAAUAUGAAUUCAUGGCCGACCCGGACAUCAUCUCACUUGUUUCUACUGGUAUUGACAACUAUCCCAAAGCAGAGGUAGCAUGGGAUCUAUGCAACCCUUCCGGCCAUGACUUCGUGUUGGAAUUUCCACAGGAUCACACUGCUGUUGAUCCGUUGAUGCAGGCCCUUCCAAAAGUGACCCAGAGUCUUUCAAAUGAUACACUUCAAUUGCUGCCUGUCGGAUUUGAAGAAUCAUAUACGUUGGCAGGCCUAAAGUAUGCCAACAAUCCCCCUCGACAAAUGACAUCGCCAGUUCAGUCCAUACCCAGCGGCUUGGAUGAUCUGGUAGUUCCCUCGCAAGAGCGAUUCUUGAUGGGACACUACAGGAAUAGGGGUUUGCAUAUAUUUUGCGUAAUUGACAAUGCGAAGAGCCCAUGGAAGACUAUUCACCUACCUAGGGUUCUCCAGUGUGGCGGGGAGCUCAGCUUUGGUGGCACCACAACCCGAAUUCGCAACACAUUGCGGAAUUCCUUGUUGUCAAUCAGCGCGUUUUAA